AUGAGGUUUGCUACAUCUUCGUUACUACUCUCUCUCUUAUCGGUGCUUCAGCUGGCUCUUGCCGAUGGAAACGAUACCACCCCUGCCAUCGAGGUCAAAGGCAACAAGUUCUUUUUCUCAAACAAUGGUUCCCAAUUCUACAUGAAAGGUGUUGCUUACCAGGCCGACACCGCGAACUCAACCGCAGGUGAUGAAGACACCAUUGUUGACCCCCUGGCCGAUUAUGAAACUUGUUCCAGGGAUCUUCCAUACCUGCUUGGCGUCCACACAAACGUUGUGCGCGUAUACGCCCUCAAUACAAGUCUGGACCACAGCAAAUGUAUGAAUGCUUUCGCCGAUGCGGGGAUAUAUGUUAUUGCUGACUUGUCCGAACCCUCGGAAUCCAUUAACCGCGACUCACCUGCGUGGACUCUCGAUCUUUACGAGAGAUACACUAGUGUCGUAGAUGCGGUCGCUAACUACUCUAACGUGUUGGGAUUCUUUGCGGGUAACGAAGUUACCAACAACAAGUCCAAUACCAAUGCCUCGCCCUUUGUGAAGGCUGCCAUUAGAGAUACGAAGAAAUACAUGAAGGACAAGGGAUACAGAAAUAUUCCAGUUGGAUACUCUUCAAAUGAUGACGAAGAAACAAGAGUAAGUAUGGCCGACUACUUUGCUUGCGGAGAUGAUGAUGUCAAAGCAGACUUCUACGGUAUUAAUAUGUAUGAGUGGUGCGGAUCUUCAACUUUCCAAUCUUCUGGUUACGAGGACAGAACCAAAGAGUUUUCCAAUCUCAGCAUCCCUGCAUUUUUCUCAGAGUACGGCUGCAACGAAUCUCCUCCAAGAAAGUUUCAAGAAGUUGAAGCUUUAUAUGGUGAUGAUAUGACUGAUGUAUGGUCGGGUGGUAUCGUCUACAUGUAUUUUGAGGAAGCAAACAAAUAUGGGUUGGUAUCAACAUCUGGAAACACAGUGAAAACUUUAGAUGAUUACAACAACCUAAAGAAAGAGAUCGCUUCUGUUUCCCCAUCUUCGGUCAACAAAAACUCUUACACUCCCAGCACAACAUCUUUGAAGUGUCCUGCAACUGGUACGAACUGGAAUGCAUCCACUGAGCUUCCGCCAACUCCUGACAAAGACGUGUGCGACUGUUUGAAGAGCUCGCUCUCUUGCGUGCUGGCAGAUGACGUUGAAUCAAAGGAUUAUGGAGAUUUAUUUUCGUAUUUGUGCGACAAAAUUGGUUGUGAUGAAAUUACAGCUGACGGUUCUGCUGGAAAUUAUGGCGAGUAUUCGUUCUGUGACGCUGAUAUCAAGCUUUCGUUCUUGUUAGACAAGUAUUACCAGAAAAAUGGCAAGAACAAGUCUGACUGUUCCUUCAGUGGUUCAGCAUCUUUGGCAUCCUCUACUAGCCAAGCCUCAUCCUGCCAAGCUAAGCUGUCUUCUGCGACAGCCAGUGCUAAAUCAACUGGCUCUUCGAAUUCCAAUAGCUCUGGUAGCUCUGCAUCCUCCUCUAACUCCAGUUCAUCAGCUUCGUCAUCAUCUAACAGCAAGAAAAGUGGGGGCAUCCAAGUUAAGCCAGCCUCACCAGCUGGCCUCUGGUUGGUAGCAAUCAUGGUUGCAUCGGCCAGCGUUGGGCUUGGCUCUAUAGUGUUUUAA